UUGUUUAAUUUUUUAUAAACAACUCUAGCCAGCAUUGACUUUAGAUUGUAAGAAACAAGUCACUUUUUUACUUGGAGCUGUUCAAUGCCGAAAAAGCACUCUAAGAAACAGCCAAAGGGCGGGAAACAGGGCAAUGGUAACCGCGUCCCCAAAAAGGCCCCAAAGUCCUCAACAGCAGCCGCGCCCGCAGUGGGGUCUCCAGUUAAAGAUGCAGAAACCGGAGGUAAGCCGCUCCUAACCAAGAUCAUGACGCAGCCCCAGUCCGUCGCAAAGAUUCGUAACGUCGUCGUGGAGCAGCAUCGUUAUCAUGGAGUAUUUCUGGCACGCAACAAGAACGAUUCCGUUCAGCUGCUCACUCGGAACAAAGCCACUGGAGGUGCCUCAGAGCCCGAACAGGACUACGAGGAGAAUCGGUUCCGUGCGGAUUUCCGUGGCAAGCGGUGCGAAUUUCGCACCUGGUCCCCCUUCCAAUCCAAUCUGGCCGCCGCCUUCAUGAGCGGAGUGAAGGAUUUAUACCUGAAGAGUGGCUCGAAGGUGCUCUACCUUGGGGCUGGGCUUGGGCGGACGGUCUCGCACAUCUCUGACAUCAUAGAUAAGACUGGAGUGGUGUAUGCCGUGGAGCCCGGACCUUGGGCGGUACGACCUCUCUCAGCAUUGUCCGAGCGCCGUCCAAACGUUGUGCCCGUCCUCGAGGACCCCUCAGCACCGUACAAGUACUACAAGCAGCUCACCGACAAAAUCGAUAUGAUCAUCUGUAACCUGCAGCAAGCAGAGCAGACUCGUAUACUCAUGCUGAAUGCCAGGCAUUUUCUGAAGCCAAACGGACACUUUGCCAUCUUCCUGUAUGCGGAGAGCAUCUACGACAAGGCGCCCACGAAGAUGGCCCUCGAAGCCGAGAUGGAGCUGCUCAAGAAAUAUCACCUUGAGCCCCUCCAGCUGGUCCAACUGGGUCCCUAUGUUCGUGGCAAUGCUCUUGUAGUGGGCGUUUACACUCGUAUAUAGAGAUCCAUAGUCCCAGAACUGCAGAGAACCAGCCACUUAUUAUCCAUUAAUUAUAGUUUCCACUGAAUGACAAUACACACUGCCUGCUAAAUUGAUUUAAUCACAAAUUAUUUAUGCCCCAAUGCGGAAUGAAAAUAUUUCAGAAUAUUAAUGAAACUAGCAGGAACGUAAUGAAUCAAUUAAAUGAAAAUGCAAUAUACAUAAAAAGAUCUAUUCAAUAUAGUCUUCGCAUAAAGAUAUUUUUAUGGCCAAUAUCAAAUUUGGGCUGAUCACAGAUACAUACUACUAGAUUUACAUAUGUAUCUAGUGUGUGUAGCCACGUACUCUCUGGUUAUACAUAUGUACACUGCAGGAUGAUUCCGCUGGGAAGUUUCAUCCGACUUGCACCUUCCUGAGCCUCCUGAUGUUUUGAUCUAUUGUCGAACUAUGAACUAGAAAUUAAAUAUACCGA